AUGAAUCCGUUAUCUAUUCCUUUGUUUUCGCUUUUUCAGUUUGUUGCUUUCACCACUACACUUGGUCCACCAAAAUUGAACCCAGAAAAUAGUGACAAAGUAUGGUUUCAAAUGAAUCCGACCGAUGUUGCACGUAGUAAACUUAUUCUUCCGUGCUAUGCUACUGGUAAUCCAGAAACAUAUGAAUGGUUUAAGGACGGGAAAAGAUUGAAAGUUGAUGGUAAUCGAAUUGCAUGGGAAAAACAAUUCCAAAGUGGUACUAUAAUAAUUAAUGAUGCUCGAGAUAAUGAUCAGGGUUACUAUCAAUGCCAUGCAUCCAAUAUUUUUGGGACUGCUGUUUCCAACAAACUUCAUGCGCAAAUUGGAGUGCUUGAUCAUUUUGUGCCCCGAGGUGUGCGUCGAUUGAUAGCUGAGGAAGGACGAAGUUUGAGUAUUCCAUGUGAUGAUAUUCCUCAUGGGGUGCCAAAACCAUCAGUUUUCUGGCUUUAUCGUGAUGCACAACGAACAGAUAUCAUCGGAACUAUUCAACGUAAACACAUCACUGUCGAUACCGAAGGUACCCUUCAUUUCACGGCAGUUGAAAAACAAGACGACCAACCAAAUUUAAUUUAUCAGUGCGCAGCAACCUCUCCUGUAUUGCAUGGAGAAUAUCGUGCAGGCAAUGAGUUCCAGCUUAUUGUCGAUCCUGCUACAAGCGAAAAAAGUCACUUUUUAGAGAGCAAUAGAACGGCUACACAUAAGCUAUGGUUUAGUCCAGAGGAAGUAUCUGUCAAAGUAGGAACCAAACUCAAACUGAUGUGCAUUUUCGGCGGAAGGCCUUUACCAAAUAUAACGUGGAGUAAAUUAAGUGGCAAAUUGCCGCUUACUCGAUUAAAAGAUUUUAAAUCACAAGAGGCUGAUUACGGUAAAGCUCUGAUCAUCGAAAAUGUUCAUUUGGAAGAUGCCGGAAUAUACGAAUGUCGAUCACAGCAUCUAUUCCAUCGAAUGCAUGUCACUGUCAUUGCAGCUCCAUUUUGGAUUGAUAAACCACCACAGGAUAUUGACGAACCAGAAGGAAGUGCCGCUGAAAUUCAUUGCGUAACAUCGGGUAUCCCAACUCCUAUCGUACAAUGGUUCAUCAACGGUGUACCAUUACAUGAGUUGGCAGACAAUAAUCGACGUAUGAUUUUAAAUAAUGGUCAAAUACUACGGAUCGUAAAUCUGGAUCAUGACAUUGAUACAGCUGUAUAUCAAUGCAAUGCAUCGAAUCCGUUUGGUUACGUCUUCGGAAAUGCUUUCGUGAAUGUGCGCGCCUAUGCUCCGUAUUUUAAAAUGCCAAGUCAUCGUGUCUGGAACGUGGUACGCAAAUCAACUGUAGAGAUAUCAUGCCAUGUUGAUGCAGCACCCGAAGCAAUGGUCAAAUGGGUGGACGCUAAUGACCAUUCCAUUGCUGUUGUUCUGGGAAAAAUCGAUCGUAAGCAGCAGUAUUUCGCUAUUGGUAGCGUUAUACUUCAUAGCACGGCUAGAACGAAUUUGAGGAAGCGUUUGGAUGAUAGUAAU